AUGGCACGAUCAAGGAAGCUUGGGUUAAUGCAAAUGGCAGAAAAAAAUUGGGUGCCAUCAAAAAGUAGCACCAUAUGCUCGAAGCACUUUACUGAAAGUGAUUUCUUAAUAUCGAAUCGAGGAUACCACUAUUUAAAAACUUCGUCAGUACCUACAAAAAAUAUUUUGUCUUAUAUUGAAAAUAACCAUUUCACUGUCACGACAAUGGAUAGGCCUUCAAAGAGACAAAAUACAUUGAAUAAUUUAGAUUCUCAGCCAAUAAAGAAAGCUCGUACUCAAAAUGAUAAUAACAAUAACGGCAGUAACGUCAUUGAAGAUAUACCUAAAAAUAUUAAACCAAUUGCAGAAAGUGUAGCAGAAACAAAAGUGAAGCACAUGUUUUCGCAAAACGCAGACAGUGAAAUGUUAAAUGAACAGAACUACGUAACAUUAAAACUCAUCCAAUAG